AUGAUUAUUAUUUUUUUCUCAAUUACAGAUCGUCGAGUGUUUGAUAAUGAAGAUGAAGAAGAACAAUAUAUGGAAUUACGUGCAACGGUAAACUCAAAUGAAACAAAUUCUGGAUUUGAGAUAACUCUUCAAAACCGGGCUGCAAUGAAUACACGUCUUCGUGUUCUUUAUACCGAUGCAAAUGGUAAUCCUGCAAUAGCUGAAACUGGUCGAGUAUGGGGUGGUCAAACCAAAUCAGUAACACUUCCAGCUGGUGCUAAAAAUAUCAAUAUCAUUGUCGAAAAAGAUAUCUUUUUUGAAAAUUGGCGUGUUGCAUAUAAAGGUACAUUAACUGAUGGAAAUCAAUGUAUACGCAUUGUUGGUGUAACACUUUUUUCUAAAAUUCAUCCGUGCAAAUAA